CCUCGACAUAAGUCAGCGGAGAACGUCAUGGGUUCCAGCUCCUCUAGGACGGCAGAUGGAGUCGUUAGAUACAGUCAUCAGCAGCACCAGAACAUGAUACGCGAAAAUGGAUACCCGGUCUACAUCCUCUACAUCGACUUGCGAACGAGCGUUGGGGGCGGAUUUCAGCCUCAAAUGACCAGAGUAUUGCGGAAGCUCGCCACAGAAUGGGGAACUGCUGGAACAGCCAUGCAGCAUUGGGCAAUCAUGGUCGACGGUUUCGUCUAUGAGCUCGCAAGGAAGCCUGACAAGGACAAAACGAUUGAUGCAGGAAUGGAGAGGAAUUCUAAUUUCAGGAUGCCCACAGCCAUUCCUUAUCGCGAUUGGGAGACUGAAAGACAGGUAAAGAAGGUCACGUGGAGAAAGUAUUAUUACACCAGGAAGACCAAACCCCAGAUUACAAGAAUCGCCCAAGACGUAGCCAGGGAGAUGCAAAGGUAUAAUGCACUGGAGUACAACUGUCAGCACUUCGUGACGAAGUUGUAUGAUAGACUGGGAUGUGGAUAUGAUACGACAGCUGGAUGGGCCCCAACGUCUUCGGAAAUUUUGCCAAGGCAGAUGCCAAUCGUGGCGGAGAUGGCGGGGAACGUCACGGACAACAUUCUUUCAAUAGCAUUGUCCAGCGUUAUUACUCUACUGACCCUUGUACAAAUCUGAACACAGCUGCGUCAGCUUCACCAUAUGUGUCAGUCGCGAUAGAGGACCUGCCCAUUUCGUAAUGUGAUCUGCGUG